ACCCCCUCUUAGGUUUCCUCCCCAUCCUUUCUCAUGGUGUAGGGGAGGGUAGGUUGGGGUCAAGAAGAGAUAAGACCUCACAACUACCUUUGGGCUGGAGGCCAUAAUGCAGAGUUAAGUUAGCAGCUUCCCCAGGAGGUGAGGGCCUCAACUACCCAGGGGAUUUCAAGUGGGGCAGUCCUGUCUAGAGCUCCUGGCUGGGCUCCUUCCGCCAGCCAGAGCACCUUCUCAGCGGCUGUGGGAGGCUUGGGCUAGCUGUUGGCACAGCCCUGAGUCCUGGCAGGUACAGCCCUCUUCAGGUGGGAGGCCCUUCAGGCAGGCCUGGGGCAAGGUGACCUCUGUUGGAGCUGGCCAGUCCAGCUUGAAGGCCAGGGUGAGGUUGUUGUGAGGAAGAGCUGGAAAGCCAGCCAGGGAAUGAAUAAGAGCGGGCUGGUGGGGGUGGCUGGAAAGAGGAAGCCUUGUUGACUGAUUCCAGGCACCUGUGAGGCUGCCUACCAGGGAGAGCCCAGCAGCUGAGCAUUACCUCUAAAUGGGUGGCCUCAGAACAAGAUAAUCACUUUUGGGGUUAGUUGUCUCCAGCCCCUUGGCCCAAGCAUAAAUGUUCCACUCAUAGUUUCUAAUCCCUACCAAAAACCAGUUGCCAUUGAGUCAGUUCCAACUCACGGUGACUCCAUGCAUGUCAGAGUAGAACUGUGCUCCAUAGGGUUUUCAAUGGCUGGUUUUUUGGAAGUAGGUUCCAGACCUAUCUACUGAGGUGGGCUUGAACCUCCAGUCUUUGGUGUCACCUUUAACCCACUGCUUUGCAGUCGGACCCUGUGCCUUCCCAAGAACUUGAGGGACCCUGGGCCAGCCUCCCACACCAGGUACUAUUGCCAUCAGACAGUCCCAGGGACCUGGCCCCCAUUAUCCCUCUCCCUUUCUACUUUAGGGCAUUUCUGUCUCCUUAGGAGGGGAAAGCUACUAAUCAGGCCUGAGGGUGAUGGAUUAUGCAGUGGUUUAUAACCAGAGUUUUCAUUCUCUUCACCCCCACAUGCCCACCUUCCUAACAUGACUCCCCUCUGCCGAGAAGCACCUACUAUGUGCUGGCCCCAUGCCAGUGCUUUAUGUUAGCAUCAGCUCAGUGGCUCUCAGCCUUAUCCGCAACACUGCAGGAGAGAUGGUAUUUGCUGGUUUGCUGCACUCCCAUGGGCUGUGGCACAGAUAAGACAGGCAGCAGCUUGUGUGCAAAUUCCCAUAGGAUUAGCUGUCACUAGGACCCUUUAUCUUCCAUUUAGGAAGGCUACGUGGAAGGCAAGUGAGUGAGAAUGAUGUCAUUGCAGAGAACACAUUGAAUCCACUGAUAUUUGUACUAAAAAGUAAACCAUUUGCGACCUUCCCUAAAUUAACUUUUAAUAGCUGCAAAUUAUUGGCCACACACCUCAGCACUUUCUGAGACACAGCAUAUCAAGGUGCCAAGACAACCACUGCAUUCUCCCAUUAGAUCCCCACAGUAGCCCAAGAGGUGGCCAUGACUUGAUUAUUUUCCCCAUUUUGUCUCCAGAUGAAGACACUGGGUCCCAGAAAGGGCAGGUAACUGCCCAAGGACACAGGGAGUAGGUGGAGGAGCAGAGAUUUGAGCUCACAUCUACCAGGCUGUGAGCCUGGCUGAACCUGUGCUGGUCCAGGCUCAGCAAGAAGUAGAGCUGUAGAGGGACUGGCAGGACGAAAGAGGGGGGAUUCCUCCUCCUAGGUAAACUAGAGGUAAUUCCCCCUGGGGCUGCCGUGAGUAUUUCAAAACCAUAGUAAGUCCUCAAGAAGUGAAAGUGUGGGGAUAACGGAAGUGCGUGGACAUUGGGCUGGGACAGAGAAGAGAGAUGAUGCCUGGCAAUGCCACAACCCUUCACCACCACCCGAAGAUGGCCGAAGCUGGCCUAUCCUCCAUUCCCUGAAAUAACUUUCCACCAGAUCAAAUACCUACUGGAUUUGAGAGAAGCCUCGGCGCUGUGGGGCUGGCCUCCUUCUGGCUGCAGCCAGCUGCCCCUUGCCAAGAAUCUCUGUUAGGAAUCUUGGUGUCUCCCCUUAGUCCCUCACUAUAGGUUCAGCUUCCUUCCUUUGGAACUGAUUUCCAUUGAUACCUCAAAAUAUCUUUCUUUUUUUUUUUUCAUUUUGUCCCAUUUGAAGUCACAGUUUCAUCCCUAACUUGGCCUCCCUCAUCUUUCUGGUACUUCUUCAGGCCCUGAGCCCAGAGGAAGAGCUUCUCUGUGUAGCUCCCCUUCUAGUACCUUCUCCUAACAGGCUGUUCUCUGUGGCUCUCUACCUUGCUGUUCCUAACGCUCUGCACUGGCAGGACUGCGCCUGCUGCCUGAAACUCUCUCCUUCCAGAUCUCCACGGGAUGUGCUCCAUUCAAACAGCCGGCCUUUUGGUUAGCAGCCUAGGUCUUAACCAGGGCUCCAAGUCUUUAUCCAAAUAUCAUCUUCCAAGCAAGUCCUUCUCUGACCAACCUAUUUAAAAUUGUAUUCCCUGCACCUAGACUUUGCCUUACCUUCCUUCCCUGCUUUCUUUUAUCACCACUGGAUACCUAGUGUAUUGUACUUAUUUGUAUAUUUUCUGUCUCCACCCAGAGAAUGUACACUACGCAAGGGCAGGACUUUUGUUGGUUUUGUUCAAGCAGAAUAGUGUCUGACAUUGUUGUAGGUGCCAGAUAAAUAUUUGCAGAAUGAGCGAAGGAAUGAAUAUUAUACUACCCUCAUGUUCCUGAACCCCCUGGUCUGGUAACACGGUGCCCAGGCAGCCUGGUGUCCCAGGAACCCAGCUUAUUACUGGAUCUGAGAUGAAAUCCAGCUCCUAGUUCAGCUUCCCUAUUGUUCAUUUCCAAAAGGUUAAAAAAAAAAAACACACACACACACUUAGAAGGUGUGCUGCCUAUAGCCAGAAGGGUGGAGGUUGGGAAGGGGAAGGAGAGCAGUGUGUGCUCUGGGCAAAUGGAAGGAGAAUUGAGAAUUUGCGAAGAAAGAAUGGGAGGAGGGCAGGAAAAAAAAGGUAGGAGCCAACUUUGAUUCAUUUACUCUUUGCCUUCAGCCUUGAAGUGGAAAAUCACUGUGGAGGUGGACAGAAAACAGACCUAGCUGUUGGUAGCCAAUGGAAAGGAGAGUUGGGGAAGGACAGGAGAGAGGAGGAGAAGGAAGAGGAGGAAUAGGAGAAGGAAAAGGGGUUCAGAAGCUCCACCCAGUUUGGCUUCCCCGUGGGUAAAAAGCAUAAAUGUUGUAGGUCUAUUCAUCUGAGAGUGAGUGUGUAUACAGGUGUGUGAGAAUUUACAACACUAGGGCUCUGGGGAGUGGAGGGUGGGAGAGGAGGAAUGGGUUUGUGGCCCAGUGUGGAGGCCUGACUGAGUACAUGUUUACCAAGGGCUGGGAAUUAUGGGUGCAGAGAGGCGUGCGUUUUGUGUGUGUAGGCGAGAGUGUAAGUAUCUGUGUGUUUGUACACCACUCCGUGGAGAACAAUAUGUCCCAUUCCUGCCUCUUCAGCUGAGGGAGGCCUUUGAGAGUUUGGCAAAAGGCCCAAGGAGCGGUAGAACAAGAAAUGGGGUUGGACUAUAGGGCCCCGGAGAGGGAGCAAUAAAAGGCCUGGAUUAAAUCUGUUGAAGAGAAGGCUAAAAGGUAAAUUAAUAACUGUCUCCUUGCAAAGAAAUGUCCCCAUGGCCAGGGAGGUAGGUUAGAAGGAAGCACACUGAAGUUUCAUCUAGAGAAAUUUAGGUUAGACAAGGAAAAACAACCCUCUUGACUAUGAAGGUAAUUAGUUUAUGGGAUCUCUUAAGGUUCAGGAGGACCAUCUUCAAUAACAGGACAAAUCUCAUCUUAAGGUGGAAAUAGGCACUUCAGCCUGGGCGCACACAUACACACACCCGUUUGUUCAUUCCUGAGAUUCUACUCUAUGUCCGAUCUUAUUGGGGGGGGUAGUAUAAAACAGUGUUAAGACACGAUCCCUUUGCUCAAAGCAUGCAUAGUCCUGUAACCAAAAACCAAACCAAAAUCAGUUGAUUCUAACUCUCAGUGAGCCUAUAGGACAGAGUAGAACUGUCCCAUAGGGCUUCCAAGGUGCAGUAGUAGAUUUGAACUGCCGACCUUUUGGUUAGCAGCUAUACCUCCUAAUCACUGUGUUACCAGGGCUCUGCAUAGUCCUAUAAACCCACUGCCGUCGAGUCAAUUCCGACUCAUAGCGACCCUAUAGGACAGAGCAGAACUGCCCCAUAGAGUUUCCAAGCAGCGCCUGGAGAAGGGCAGGUUAAAGGAUGCCUAAGAUAUGUUUUUUUUAAGAUAUGUAGCCUGGUAUCAGCACCAGCCACCACUUGGGAAGUCAUCCUGGGCAGCGAGAACUUCGUGAGUUCUUCAAAACAUGUACCACUGGCCUCCUGAAUUACCAUGGUCCAGUUUUCCUGUCCCUUCCUGCCUUGUUGUCUUUGCUUUUGGGCUGGCGUGCCUGUUAGUCUCGUAUACAUGAUUGAACUAUGAAGCACGUUCCUUAUGUGUGUUAUUGUUUGUCCUUUAGACUGAAGGGUGGGUGAACCUUGGGAGUGACUUCAGUACUGAGUUAUAAGGGUGUCCAGGGGCCAUACUCUCUGGGUUUCUCCAGUCUCUGUUAGACCAGCAAGUCUGGUCUCCUUUUUUUUUUUUUUUGAGAAUAUGAAUUUUAUUCUUAAUUUUUGGGCCACUCUGACCAGGAUUCAGUGGAUAUUUUUGGUUUAAGGUUUAAAAAUUAUCUCAGGGUAAUAGUUUCAGGGUCCAUGGAGUUUUCAGUGGCUAAUUUUUAGAAGUGGAUCACCAGGCUUUUCUUCUGGAGUGUCUCUGGGAGGACUUGAACCUCCAACCUUUCAGUUAGCAGCCGAGUGCUUUAACCAUAUGCACCACCCAGGGACUCCUGUGGCAUGUAGCAGGAUAGGGGAAGUCCUCUAGAAGCUAUGAGAACCCACAGGAGGGGCACUGUCUUAUUUAGUGCUGCGGUAAUGGCAAUAACAGUAAUACCAGAAGUGGAUGGCUUUAACAAAGAGAAAUUUAUUCUCUCACAGGCUAGUAGGCUACAUUCAGGGUGUCAGCUCCAGGGGAAGGCUUUCUCUCUCUGUCGGCUCUGGAGGAAGGUCCUUGUGGUACACGAGUCUUCCCUUGGUCUGGGAGCAUCUCAGCACGGGAACCUCAGGUCCAAAGGACGCGCUCUGCUCCUGGUACUGCUUUCUUGGUGGUAUGAGGUUCUCAACUCUCUGCUUGCUUCCAUUUCCUUUUAUCUCUUGUAAGAUAAAAGGUAGUGCAGGCCGCACCCAGGGAAGCUCUCCUUUACAUUGGAUCAGGGAUGUAACCUGGUAAGAGUGUUACAAUCCCACCCUAAUCCCUUCUAACAUAAAAUUACAAUCACAAAAUGGAGAACAACCACACAAUUGUGGGACUCAUGGCCUAACAAAGUUGAUACAUUUUUUGGGGGACGUGGUUCAAUCCAUGACAGGCACCUACCCAGUUUUAUGGGGAGGGACAUCAGUGAAGGCAUCUGGACGAUGGCGAUGUCUGAACUGAAGGUUUAAGGAUAAUUGGAAGCAUGGGGUCGGGGGGAGGUUAGUGGUGGUGAGGAGGAGAGAGUCCUGGGCUGGGUGACACGAGCACAGGGCAGAAGUGAGAAUAUGCAGAACGUCAGGGCUGUAGAAUGUGCGUGCAUAGUAGGGUGCUGAGAAAUGCGACUGAACAGGGAAGUCGAGGCCAAAUCAUCAAACAGGACUCAAAGUCCAGUAAACAAUUUUGAACAUUUCAUUGAAGCGUGGGGAGCCAGUAGGGGAUUUAAAGCAGAGGAAUGAAGAGGUUUGAGGGAUGACUGAGAGAGGCAGACUGGAGGCUGCUGCAGUGGUCCACGAUAAAGGGAUAGUGGCCUGGAUUAAGGGUGGAACAGUGGGGAUGAAUUUCAAAGUCGUUUAUUACUUUCACGUUGACUGUGGAGAGUGAAGAAGAGAGAGAGGGCUCAAGAAUGACAAGCUUCAGCAACUAAGCAAAUGGGAGUGUCUGUCACUGAGAUAGGGAAUCCAAGAGAAGGAGCUUGAAACCAUCACAGAAUGCCAUCCUUUCCCAUUUAGCUUAUAAGAAUGGAGAGGCUGAGAGAGCAAAAUAAAUUGCUGAACAUCCCAGGUAGUGGAAGAACUGGGAUUUAACUUUAUGACAACAGAACCAAAAUCAAACCAAACCAGUUACGGUCGAGUUGAUGGGAACUCAUGGCAACCCCCCGUGUAUCAGAGUAGAAUUGUGCUCCACAGGGUUUUCAAAGACUGAUUUUUCGGAGGUAGAUUACCAGGCCUUUCUUCCCUGACCACAGAAAUCCAUGCUAAUUAAUUGCUUCCCCUAUCAUGAGGCUCCUUUGGGGAAGGGCUCAGCCUGCAGCCCGAGAGAGCUGUGGCUUUUCUGCAGGUGGGCGGAGGCCAGGGCUGCAGAGGAGGAAGUGAGAGGUCAGGCCGGGAGAAGAGGUGCAGGAAGUUCAGCUUGAAGCCAGCUCUCCGAGGCAAGCAGAGCUCUGGCAGCUGCAGAAGGGAACCAAUGGCUCCUGCUCCCUGAAGUUUCUGUCUUCAAGGCUCCCUGACCUUUUGGAAGCCCCUCAGACAGCUCAACUUCUAGCUCGAGCAAUAAAAGCUACCAGAACUACAAGAACAACACCUGAGAGUUGCAAUUACCAGGCACUUGAAUAUUUAUUAAUUCUAAGGAGACUUGUCACCUCUUGAUAAGGAUUAUUAUUACUGCACCCUUCUUUGGAGGAAAGAUAGAACCGAGGCCUGCAGAUGUUAAGCAAAUUGCCCAAGGUCCCAGGGUUCUUGAGAGUAGACGACAUGCCUUAUUUAUCUUUGUAUGGUCCAUGGGUCUCAGAACAGACAGUGCCUGGCACAGGAACACAGUCAGGGUUCACAGAUUUUAGCUGGUUCUGCAUGCGCUAGAAUCCAGGUGUCUUGAUUGCUGGUAACUCAAAUUCAAUGACCUCUGGAGAUGGGGUUGGCGGUGGACUACAGUGGACAUGGGAUAGUCUAGGGUGCCCCAGGCCUCAUCUUGCAUCUCCCCUCAACUCUGCAGUAAGGAGUCCCAAGUUCUUGGAACUUAUUUGAUUCUCUAAGUGAAGUCCUCAGACUGGCGGCACUGGAAUUGCCUAGGAUGCGUGCCAGAAAUGCAGAUUCCUGUUAGACCUGGACUGACGGUCUACGGUGGUGGUGCAGGGGUGGCCUCUUAAAUUUGCACAUUAAACAAGCUGCACCCAUAUUUCUUACUCAGCACUGCCCUAGGUUCAUGAAGAAAAGCUUCUCCAAUGAGAAAAUUGAGGCCUGGGAGGUCCCUGGCCCAAGGCCUUCUCUGGUGAAGGAGUGUCUGCCCGGGAACAGGAGCUGUCCCUGCCCCCCACCCUGCACUGUUUGGGGACUGUGGCUGGGUUGCCAGGGGAACCAUGCUGUGUAACUUCCUGACUUUGGCGGUUUUCCCCUUCUUGGCCUUAUCUCAGCAUCCGCCACCCAGACCAGGGCCCGUGCUGGUCACGUAGGAGGUGAAGCUGGUGCCAGGCAUAUGGAGGCGUGUCCAGGCAACCGCUGGCCCGAAGACCUGGGGCAGAAGGGUGGAGAUGUGGCUUUGAAGAAGGCUGGGAGGCUACAGAAUUGUUAAUAUCUUUCUCUGUGGCCUGGAUGAUUUUUGCCCAGUAGGAAUGUGGGGGGAGGGGGAGAUGGUGACCAGCAUGAGGUUCUUCUCUGUCAUUACCCAGGCAUUUCAGCUCCUCAUUCAUUGCCAAUCUCCCUGGGGGUGGUGGUGGGCUUACCAAUAUCACUGUACCCUUCUACCCUGUGUCUUCUGCACUGCGGUGCCCACUCCUUCCCUCCCUACCCUCUCUGGACCCAGAGACUCCAACGACACCUCCCAGGAGUCCCCAGUCCACUCCCGCCCUAGGCCCUCCCUCUUCUCGUCCUACUACUGGUCCCCUCAUAAUUCCAAUCUACCCUAUUCUUUCCCUGGGACUUUCACCUCGCCCCACCCCACCCCCCAUGCUGGGUCUGUGUGAGUUCUCUCUCAGGCUGUAGCAGGAAAGCCUGAAGGCCUCACAGAUGGGAAAGAGAAAGAGGGAAAGCAGCAAAUAGUUUGAGUAAAAUAAUUCACGCAUUUAAGUAUUUAUUUAUGUUUUAAACCCUAUUUUGUUUUAGCAAGAAUUUAAGGCAGUUUGGAGAGUUCAAGUAUUCCAGGAAGCCGGGGGAUAGUGAGAUAGCCUGUCAGGCAUAGGAGCAGCUUAAAAGAUUUAUGGUCUGAUUCCUGAACUUGUUUAUACUACACUGCGGACAAAGACCCAACCCCAUAUCCCCCUCUCCUCAGGAGAAGGAAAAGGGAAGGAAAGAGACAGGCACUGUGCAAAUUGAUUGUUGAGCCUGGUCUUAUCUUUGCAACACCUCUCUUUAGGGCUAUUACCCCAUGUCCAGCUGGUUAGGCAAGUUGUCCCAAAUCCCUAAACUGUAAGUAGCAGAGUCAGGGGUCAAACCCUACGGGGUCUGGCUCCAAAAUCAGUCACUGCUUUUUCUGCGAUGUGCCACCUCAGGGAACACAGAUCACAGGAUAGCUUCUUGCAGGCUGUCCUAGAUGAAGGUAAGAUGAUGGACCAAGUCUAAACUACACGGUGCUUUAUUGAGAGGCAAAGGGGCAUCCCAGAAUUCCCUUCAGGAGCAGAGCCAUAUGGGGCAAUGGGGGCAGGUCCAGAGGUAGGGCCCUUCCCAGAGAACUGCCAGGAUGGGUGCAGACAAGGACUUCAGGACAGCAUGAGAGAAACAGACCCUCACUGACGAAGAGCUACACACACUUAACCACAAACUCCUCCCCAGGAAUGUGGAGACCCCUUCUAAUUCUAAACCUGGCCCUGCUUUCUCUCUCACCGCCUUUCACUUUUUCACACCCAGCAGCCAUCCUCAGCACACCGAUUCCUGUGCUGGGAAGUGCAGACUCUUAAAAGCAUUAGGAGAGAGUGAGAGCAGACCGGCUGGAGCAAGCCAGUUUCCCUUCUCAUUGUGCUUCAGACAGGAGACAAGCUCAAGUGCGAGGCCAGACUUCUCAUUUUAACCCAACGACUCCUCUGGGCCUUGUCUCCCAAGCUCCUCCCACUUAAAUGUGCUUAUUCAUCAGAGUUAAAAUUCCUAUCCCUUGGUCCCCAGCGAUUGUGGAGAGCAUUGCAGGGGUUCGUCGGGGUAAGGGUUGGCGCCUGCCUGACCAGGCACCCAGGAAGGCUCCAAGGCCAAGCGCAGGGCGGGGGUGGGGAGCGCGGAGGUGCCGCGACCGAGUCCAGCCCAGGAUUGCUGGGCUCCCCUCUCGGCUCCUUGGCUCCCAGCACCUCUCCUGGCUCUGGGCCCCUGGUCCUGGGCCAGCAAGGCAGGGAUCAUUCCCAGACUUCGCCUGAAGUGGAGACUUGGUAGGAAGGGUCAGGCAGCCGGAGGUGGGGCUAGUGGCUGGAUAGAGGCCCGGGACCUGCCCUCUUCCUCAGGCAUCUUUAGCCUAUGAGCUGUUGCUCUCACCCCUUGGCUCGCUGGGCAGUGAGAGCGGGUUGAAAACUGGACAAAGCAAAGCAGGAGAGUGAAAUGAGAGUUGGAGAUCAAGCCGUCGAGCACAACUGGCGCCCUGAGCUCUGCUUCUACCACUUCCAACAGGUCAAGAAAUAAAACUCGCUAUCGAACGAAAGCUGUGAGCUCUGAGGUGGAUGAGAGCCUCUUCGGAGUUAUUAAGCCGUUGUCUCAGGCCCCCAGUGACAGCCCCGUUGUACUGCUCCGAGACAAGCGUGCCAUUCAGAGGAUGCUCACUGCACCAGGAGUGGACCACAAGCCGAAGACCAUUCAGCUCAUCACUCGGGACAUGGUCCGGGAGCUCAUUGUUCCCACAGAGGAUCCCUCUGGGGAGUCCCUUAUCAUCAGUCCCGAGGAGUUUGAACGGAUCAAAUGGGCAUCACACGUCCUGACCAGGGAAGAGCUCGAGGCCAAGGAACAGGCCUUCAAGAUGGAGAAGGAAGCCAUCAUGGAUGCAGUGACAACACGCAAGAAGAUCAUGAAACAGAAGGAAAUGGUGUGUAAAAACAACAAGAAGCUCAGCGACCUGGAGGAGGUGGCCAAGGAGAGGGCCCAGAACCUCCUGCAGAGAGCCAACAAGCUGCGGAUGGAGCAGGAGGAGGAGCUCAAGGACAUGAGCAAGAUCAUCCUCAAUGCCAAGUGCCAUGCUAUCCGGGAUGCCCAAAUCUUAGAGAAGCGGCUGAUCCAAAAAGAAUUGGAAACAGAGGAGAAGCGCUUGGAUCAGAUGAUGGAAGUAGAGCGGCAGAAAUCCAUUCAAAGGCAGGAGGAACUGGACAGGAAGAGGAGAGAGGAAAGAAUCCGAGGAAGGCGGCAUAUUGUGGAACAGAUGGAAAAGAACCAGGAGGAGCGAUCGCUGCUUGCCGAGCAGCGGGAGCAGGAGAAGGAACAGAUGCUGGAGUACAUUGAACAGCUCCAGGAGGAGGAUCUAAAGGACAUGGAACGAAGGCACCAGGAAAAACUAAAGAUGCAAGCUGAGAUUAAGCGCAUCAAUGAUGAAAACCAGAAACAGAAAGCAGAGCUGCUGGCUCAGGAGAAAUUGGCAGACCAGAUGGUGAUGGAGUUCACCAAGAAGAAGAUGGCUCGAGAAGCAGAGUUCGAGGCUGAGCAGGAGAGGAUCCGGAGGGAGAAAGAGAAGGAGAUCGCUCGCCUGAGGGCCAUGCAGGAGAAGGCCCAGGAUUACCAGGCAGAACAGGAUGCCUUGCGGGCCAAGCGCAACCAGGAGGUUGCAGACAGAGAAUGGCGCAGAAAGGAAAAGGAAAAUGCCCAGAAGAAGAUAGAAACAGAGGCCAUGUUGAAGAAGAGUCGGCUGGAACAGGUGGCUUUCAAGGAGCACGCUCUGGCUGUUCAGGUGCAACGGGACCGGGAUGAAUUCGAGAGGAUUCUUCGGGCCCAGAGAGAACAGAUUGAGAAGGAGCGGCUGGAGCAGGAGAAGAAGACCACAGGGCGUCUGCAGCACGCCAACGAGCUCCGGCGCCAGGUGCGUGAGAACCAACAGAAGCAGGUGCAGGACCGGAUCGCUACCUUUGAAGAGGGCCGCCGCCUCAAAGAGGAGGCCCAGAGGCGGCGUGAGCGCAUUGAUGACAUCAAGAGGAAAAAGCUUGAAGAGCUGAGAGCCACGGGCCUGCCUGAGAAGUACUGCAUUGAAGCUGAGCGAAAAGCUAACAUCCUGCCAGUCACCUCUGUGAACUGAGGGGGUCUCUGUGUCCUGAGGGGGCCUCUGUCCUGAGAGACAACUUCGGAGGACAGAUUCUGCCCAAUCUAUAUUUGCUGCUAACCUAGACAUUUCGUAGUUACAGAUUAAAUCUAUUCUUCUUCUCUAAAGAA